AUUUUUCUACUUAUUCAUUCAUUUGUGCCACACAAAAUAAAGACCUAUUACACAACGCUUGCCACUGCCUCUCGUAUCCCUAGCACUGCAGACACUCUUUGCGCCAGGGCAAAGCACUCUCCACUCAACACCUACGCCAAGCCCUGCUCCAAACAGCCCCUGCCCACUCUUCCCAAUGCCUCCUGCCCAAGCACCAUCCUGCAGCAACCUCUUUGCAAAAACAUUGCUACACUUUGGCCAACAACGCAAAAAUAAAAACACCCUAACACUCCAAUGACCCGCCGCAGCUCAUCUGCCUUAUCCACACCGUCCUACAGCCAUCCAAUCCAUGCCUCUCUGACUAAGACACAAGGAUCUUGGGCGAGACCCUGUCAAACGCUUUGCACAAGCCCAGGCACAAACCACCUCACUCCCUCUGCUCCUAUCCACUCCCUCUGCUCCUAUCCACCACUGAUGUGUAACCCUAAUCAUAGAGCCUCGCCAAAUCUGCCGGCAACGGCAAACAUCCACUUUGCAAAGCCAUCUUCCCUGGUACCAAUCACCUCCUUCUUUUUCAUACCUCUUAGCGGAUUUCCCCUUUCCUGGAGAAGCACCACCAUCACCUGGCCUGCAACGAAGCCCACACUCACCGCUCUCUAGUUCCCACGCACUUCUGCUUCUCCCCUUUUUAAAAACAGCGCUUACAUUUCCCUUCUUCCACUUACCGGCGACUUCCAACUCAAACACGCCAGGUGGCAAAAGUGAUCCGCGCUGCCCGAGCAACUCCAUCGGACAAUUCCCUCAGCAAUCACAGCUCAGUCUCAUCAGGCCCCAUGCACCUCUACAUAGUCACGUUCCCUACACGGUCUCAAACCUCACCCUAUCCAACACUGGCCUUGGCACCUUCAUUCUUCACGCAGGGCUCCCACCCUUUCCCUUUCGCCACUUCCGCAGGGCGCCUGCACCUCACUGACACACAAGGUUACUAUCGUCGGUUCGUCCCCACGGCCUCUUUGCCCCAAAAGCCUAAAACUUUCAAAUCCCACAAUCAACUCAUAAGAACAACACCACUAUGUCCCCACGAGGCCAGCCAUAUCAUCGCCACGCAGAUCUCAAAAUACCACCAAUUCCUCUUCACCGCUCCCCACACCUGGGGUCCGAUUUAAAGACAUCUGAAACUCCCAGCAAGUCUUCUUCUACUCCAGCUGAAGAAGCUCACCUCCCCCAGCCUUUCUCACGCGAGACGUGCUCUGCUCCCCUCUGCAUCUUCAGAGACAUCCCCUCCAAGACCUCCACGCCUCUCCUGAACUAAAGAGCGCUCAAGGGGACACUCGCUCUGCCAGGACAGGGCUUCGGCAAUCCUAAAACACAACACCAUUUCUCUGAUGGAGGACGCCAGGCGCCAUUCGCUCUCCAACUGCCUCAUCCACGCCAGCAGGGCAAACACGACCAUGCUCUCCCUCUGGGCCUCAACACGGGGCUCCACAGACACCGCGCAAGCAACACACGAGCAGCCAAGCACUUCCCGUUUUCCUGCUCCUCCUUCACUGAGCCCAGGUUUUUAAUGUCUCCUUGCCCUGCCACCUCAGCUUCCAAGGCUGCACCUAGGGCCAUUCCAGGCAAGAACACUUCAAGGGAUCCAAGGCCCAUGCCCACACACAGCCACUUGCACACUGCCACUGACCCAGCCAUUCACCCCAUGACGGAGAUACCCGGACCUGGCCCACUUGACAUCACUGCACAUCCUUUGCAACCACAAAAGGAAAACGGUGGCGAAGAUGAAAACACAGGCCAGCCACCAAGUGAAAGGAAAAGUGACCACAGCCACCAAGUGAAAGGAAAAGUGACCACAGCCACCCCCAGGACUUUGCAGGUGGAAACCAAUCUUAGGCACAAAGGAGACUUCAGCUGCACACUCCAGGCCCUAAAGCUGGCCCUGCAGCUGAAAGGGAACAGCCAACACCCCUCCCCAACACACCCGACCCCGAUGCCUCUGACCCAGCGCUUUCGCAAGCCCGCUCACACACUACGGCCACUCUCCAGUGGCAAACCACUGCCACCACAAUCCCCAACCACACACAGCCCAACAAAACACUGCCCCAAGACCACCACAGCCACCAGCCCAGACUGGAAAGCACGGGCGGAAACUCCCAGCAAUCAGAAAGCGACAAAGGGAAAGCUGCUGCCCUACAAAGCCGCAUGCCGGGCAGUACCCCAAGCACAGCCACCACAGCGCAUCAACAGCAACACCCAGCCUCACCAGCCUCCUGACCAGCACCACUCGACAGCACCCACACCCCCAGCAUGGCGGCGCCCGCAGCCCCACAGCCACGCCUGCCGCACGCAGCCCCGGCGCUCCUGCUCCUCCUCACCGCUCUCGCCACCAGCCUCUCCUGCCAACAGCUCUGGACACACGACGACGACACCUUCCCUGGUGACGCCCUGCGCCUCCUCCAGGACAUGGCCCCUGCCCACACACAGCCCUGCCACCUCCAAGAGCUGCCCUUCUUCCCCGAAACCCUCCCGCUCAACAAUCUCCACCCGCGCCAAGCCGCCGCCACCGCCCUACGCAUCCUCCAGCACCUCUUCCACACCCUCAGCACCAACAGCACCCGCCAGCACUGGCCCGCACAGCCUCGCAACGACCUCCUCAACAAACUCCAGCACCACAUCCACCGCCUCGAGCAAUGCCUCCCCGACAGCGUCGCGCUCUUCAAAGGACCACGCAACCCGCUGCUCACCAUCAACAAGUACUUCAGGGACAUCCAGCUCUUCCUCCACGCCCACAACCACAGCGCCUGCGCCUGGGACCACAUCCGCCUCGAAGCUCGCGCUGCUUUACAGCACCUCCACAGCCUCGCACGCACCAUGCGCCGCUAGCACAAACACCCACACACCCACCCACACCCACCACGCUCCCACACCUACGCCCCAAACCCACCUCACCUCGCUAGCCCGGGACAACGGACACGGCUCUCACCACCGCGCGCCACCGCAGCCUACAACCACGGACACUCCAUUGAUACAGCCUCUCCCAGGCACUCACACACGGGACUUUUUCUACUUAUUUAUGUACCCACUUAUUUAUUCAUUUGUUGAUUUAUUUAUUUAAUUAUUUAUUCACCUAUUUAUUUUUCUACUUAUUCAUUCAUUUGUGCCACACAAAAUAAAGACCU